AUGCCGCACCAAGAGCAAGUCAUGGACUAUGGAGCAAAGGAAGCAGGACCAGAUCACUUGCCUCGUGAAACUGUGAGCACCAAAGCAAUAUCUGGCGUAGAAGCUGCUGUUAAGAAAACGAAACAUGCAGGUGCUAAGAUACCUAAAAUGAUGAUUUAUCAGCCCAUCAUCAGCCAGGAUGAGGUAUGCCCAGCAAAUAAGUCUCCAGCAAGAGACCUACUGGCUCUGCCAAGGAGUGAUUGCAUAGCAGCUGAACAGCUGUGCCUCUCAGACUCUACCUGCAAUGCCACCUACAGGAUCCUGGAAAACUGUGCCCUGGCAAAGACUCGCUUCCUUCCACUGGAUCAUGAUAGCAGGGUCAGAUGUCUGAAUGCAGAGCUAGACCUCGGAAACAGCUCUUUGCUGCACUGCAAAUGUCACCGGCGCAUGAAGAGACAGGAACACUGCUUACGUGUUUUCUGGACCGUUCACUCCAGCGUGACAGAUGGUUAUUUCAAUUUGGAGACUUCUCCCUAUGAGAAUCCAGCAAAUGAAGAACACUGGAAGACAGAUUACAAUAAACUGGCAGCUCUGUUAUCAGGCUCACAGUUAGCAGGAGAUGCAACAAAUCCAUGCCUGAAAGCAACUCAUGUCUGUAAUCUGAGCAAGAAGUGUGUUCGUCUGCGCACAGACUACGCCUCUAUCUGCACCAAGGGAGCAGGAAGUGAGGACAUGUGUGACCGUCGCAAAUGCCACAGAGGGCUAAGGAAUUUCUUUGAGAAAGUCCCUGAGGAUUUCACCAAAAGGAUCCUAUUCUGUCCAUGUCAAGAUGAACUUUGUGGAGAACGCCGCCGGAAAACUAUUGUUCCUGAUUGUUCCUUCCAGUAUAACACCAAACCCAAUUGCCUCUGGCUUCUGGACUCCUGCUUAGAAGACCAUAUCUGCAAAUCCCGACUGGCUGACUUCCAACAAAAUUGUCAACCUGCAGACAUGUCUCCAGAUGGUUGCUCUCAGCACAACCAUGCUGCGUGCCUGCAGGCUUACAUGGGGAUGAUUGGCACGCCCAUGACACCCAACUAUGUCAGUAACUCCAGUGUGGAGGUGUCUCUGUGGUGUACAUGUGAGAGCAGCGGCAACCAGAAGGAGAAGUGUGACCAGAUACUCGGCAUGUUUGAGAGCAACAAAUGCCUUGAAAAUACCAUUUGGUCUCAAAUGCACCCGAAGCAGACAGCUCUAGAAAGACAGGAAGACUUAUUUUAUUCAUCUUCCCUAAGCUUCCAAGGAGACAGUGCCAGCACAUCUCUUGCUUCAGAAAUGUCCCAGGUGGCUGAAGGGAAGACACAGCGAGACAUCUCCGAACACAGUAGUAUGCCUAUGGCCUCUGCUGUAUAUUCUGGAGCUGCUAUUUCUUGGCCGUCUCUGGCUCUGUUCCUGCCCCUGUUGCUGAGCCCAUGUUAGCUUGGCAUAAAUGGUAUCUUUCCUUCCCAUAUUAUUAAUCUUAUUCCAUAUCCAGGCACCUCCCACUACUGAUU